AGCUGGAGGUUGGCAGUGAUGAAGAGCGUAAAUUAAAUGUGAGCCUAAGCGAGAGCUUUUUCAUGGUGAAAGGCGCAGCCCUUUUCUUACAACAAGGAAACAGCUCCCAGGGCCAGCGAAGUCUCCAGCAUCCUCACAAACAUGCAGGUGAUUUGCCCCAGCACCUCCAGGUGAUGAUCAACCUCCUUCGCUGUGAGGAUAGGAUCAAACUGGCUGUCCGUUUGGAAAGUGUGUGGACAGACCGAGUCCGGUACAUGGUGGUUGUAUACAGCAGCGGACGACAGGAUACAGAAGAGAAUAUUCUGCUGGGUGUGGAUUUCUCCAGCAAGGAAAGUAAAAGCUGCACUAUAGGAAUGGUUCUUCGUCUGUGGAGUGAUACUAAAAUCCAUCUUGAUGGUGAUGGUGGCUUCAGCGUGAGCACUGCAGGGAGAAUGCACAUCUUCAAGCCAGUGUCGGUGCAAGCCAUGUGGUCUGCUUUACAGAUCCUCCAUAAAGCCUGUGAAGUUGCAAGAAGGUACAACUACUUCCCAGGUGGGAUGGCCUUGGUCUGGGCCACAUACUACGAAAGCUGCAUCAGCUCCGACCAGAGCUGCAUCAAUGAGUGGAAUGCAAUGCAGGACCUGGAGUCCACCCGCCCCGACUCUCCAGCCCUGUUUGUUGACAAGCCAACUGAAAGAGAACGAACAGAGCGGCUCAUUAAAGCCAAACUCCGGAGCAUCAUGAUGAGCAAAGACCUGGAAAAUGUGACUUCUAAGGAGAUACGAAAUGAGCUGGAGAAACAUAUGAAUUGCAACUUGAAGGAAUUCAAGGAAUUUAUAGACAAUGAAAUGCUGCUUAUCCUGGGUCAGAUGGACAAACCGUCUCUGAUUUUUGAUCAUUUAUAUCUGGGGUCCGAGUGGAAUGCCUCCAAUCUCGAGGAGCUGCAGGGCUCAGGCAUCGACUACAUUUUGAAUGUGACCAGGGAAAUUGAUAAUUUUUUCCCCGGUUUGUUCGCAUAUCACAAUAUCAGAGUGUAUGACGAGGAGACAACAGACCUCCUGGCUCACUGGAAUGAGGCAUACCACUUUAUAAACAAGGCCAAGAAGAAUCACUCCAAGUGCCUGGUGCACUGCAAAAUGGGUGUGAGCCGGUCAGCAUCUACUGUUAUAGCUUAUGCAAUGAAGGAAUUUGGCUGGUCACUGGAAAAGGCCUAUAAUUAUGUGAAGCAAAAACGCAGCAUUGCAAGACCAAAUGCAGGCUUCAUGAGACAGCUUUUGGAAUAUGAAGGCAUUUUAGAUGCGAGCAAGCAGCGCCACAACAAGCUGUGGAAGCAGCAGGCAGAGAGCAACCUACCCCAGAACACAGACGGUACCACUGGGUCAGGCGAUUUUUUACUCGAGAGCUUAGACAUCGACCUAGAAAACCGCCUGGCUGACCUGGACACGCCUUCGCAGUCGGCAUACCUGGACAACCGCGGCAGCACAGAAGUGUCUGUGGGCUUUAAUUACUGCUUCCGGCGCCUCUCGGACACGCUGCUGGAGAACAAGAUUCCCAGUGGCAGGGAGGGCUUUUUCCACGUGGAGGAGCUGGAGCGCGAUGCGCUUGCAGAGCGCACUGCCUCGCUGGUGGGACAGCCUCCAUCUGCACCUUCAGAGGGAAGGCUGCUGGAGACAGCAAAAGCCCUGGAGACAGCAGAGCCGCUGGCAGAGCUGAGCAGUUUCUGCGAGAAGGAGGUGAAGAAGAAACUGGACUUCAGCCCCCGGAAGGGAAGGAUAGUGCUGGGCCCUGGGGACCGAGGGGAGGACAGUGUCAGGGAUGAAAAUCCGAUGGAGAAGUGGAAGCGGCGUUUGUCCAUGCACAAGGAGGAGAGCAGGCUUAAUAGAGAGAACUUGAAUAACAACAACAGCAAAAGGAGUUGCCCAGAGGAUUUUGAGCAUGAUGCUGUAUUUGGGAUCCUCAGUAAGGUCAAGCCUUCCUAUCAGUCUUGCACUGACUGCAUGUAUUCCUCGGCCAGUUUGUCCCCUGACCCCUUUGGGGACCAGUGCGAAAAGUUGAACCCCGGCACUGCGCGCCGCAGCACCACCAUCUGCACGCAACCAGCCCUCCUCUCCCACAUCAAUUCCAACUUGGCGGACCACCUGCCCAGCAAGGCACACUCAGAGGAAGCAAUCAGAACUAAAAAUAACGAGGCUCCGCUUCCUCUGUCGGCAGGAACUGGUACUUUGGAUGCCAGCACUUGCAAAUCACUUGAUCAACACUGCAGCAUUUUGGAGAAAGGAAAAGAUGUACCAAAAACCCCAGUCAAAACUCUGCUGCCCAGGAGAAACUCGCACUGUGACAAGAGCUUCCUUAACACAGAAGUGGUAAAAGAAGAGUCUCUAGCCAGAAAAGACAGCAGACCUACCAAGGAUCUGAAGUACUUGUUGUUCAGCAAAGACUUGGAAAAGCCAAGUGCAAACAGUUACUUGAUGCAGCAUCAGGAGUCUCUUAUUCAGUUGCAGAAAGCAGGCUUGGUUAGGAAGCAUACCAAAGAGCUGGAGCGGUUGAAAAGCCUGCCCUCGGAUGCCUCGUCACUGCUCAGAGAGAGCUCCCUGAGCAGAGUCAGCUCCGGCAUUGUGGAGGAAAGUGAGGAUUUGAUUUCACAUCACAGCCUCGUACCUCUUCUGGGACCAGCACCGUUGAUACCUGAAGAUGCAGAAAACGAUGUGGAGAAGUUAGAGGUGAAACGCAUCUUGGAGGGGAUCUCUCAGAAAACUUCCACGCCUGUGAUGUGUCGGUUGGAGCACACGAGCAGUUUCACCAAGGACUUCCUGAAGACCAUCUGCUACACUCCCUCCUCCUCUCGGAGCUCCAACCUAACACGUAGCUCCAGCAGCGACAGUAUCCACAGCGUGCGGGGCAAGCCCGGCCUGGUGAAGCAGCGAACUCAGGAAAUCGAGACCAGGUUGCGGCUGGCUGGCUUGACUGUGUCUUCUCCUCUGAAAAGGUCCAAUUCUCUCGCCAAGCUAGGAUGUCUUAACUUGUCCUCUGAGGACUUAUCAACUGACAUGGAUGUAUCAACCAUAACAGACUCAAAAGAGGCCGUUUCAAGCGAGUCUUCCGUGCUCUGUGAGCCACAAUCCACGCUGAGGAGUGCAGAUGUCACCUCCAAACUGGCAGCAAAGCCAGCAGUUGGAAACUUGAAGAACACGCUUUGGAUGGGCAAAAGUUGAUGCCUUCUGGUGGGGGGGAGUAGGGAGGUGGAUUUGGGGGGUUUUAUGGCAUUUAUUCAUUGCACCAAUGCAGUUUUAUCAUCUGACUUGCAGUAGUUCAUCUGAUGCCACCUCUUCUUCCCCUUCUUGUACUCUAAGUGGGGAGGAAAAAAAGCAUAAUGGGUCAUGAUGAAUGGCACAAGGGAAAAUAAAAUGUAUUGCAUGGCUUAGAAGAGGACUUUGUGUGUGAAUUGCCUGUUGUCCUGCAGGAUGCUAUUUCUAGUACUGUUUGCCAAGUAUAAUAAUGUGUUUUUGUGUAUGUGUGUAUAUAUAGAUAGAUAUUUGUAUCUAUUUAUCUAUCUAUAUAUAAAAUGCUGAAAUACUCUGUUUCAAUGACUCAACAAAAUAAUUAGUCAUGACUUUUUUUUUACAGAACAAACACAAGUCUCUAGUUAAAACAGGGCACUUGUGGAAAAAUCCUUAAAAUGGUGACAUGAACACUACCUCUGUUCUUGCUGACUUUUUGUCUUGGUUUGUUGUUUGCUUGGGUUUUUUUUUAAAAAAGGCUUUCCCCACAAUACUUAACCGUUGUUUGAAGGUAUUCCCUUAAUGUUAACUGCAAAGGCCUGGAGGAGGAUGGAGACAGAGGCUUUACCGCACUGAGUGACCUAGCUGUGAAGUGAAGGAGUAUCAAGCUGUGUUCGUGUUGACUGUGUGACCUGCUGGCGUUAGUCCGUCUUCGCUGCGUAACCGGGUGAAUUGUCAUAGUCUCGUGUUGGUGCCGGAGUGACGCCCAGACUGUAUUGCUGUUGCAGGCUUACGCUCAUGUGGAGAGGCGUCGUGUUCUUUGGGUGUUUUUGCUGUCGUUGUGGUUUGUAGUGUCCCAGUACUAAUGACGAGCCUGGCCAGUAAGUGACCAUGGACCCUAGUGAAGCUUUGUGUGAUGCUGUGUCGGUGUUGUGGAUCCUGCGUUGGGGACUCUUCUUCAUCAGACUGUUGGUGACAUGCCAUGCCAGCGAGACUGCCAAGGAGGCACGGCUCUCCUGGUGUCCCCACGCAUUUGAAAUCCCAGUAGGCAAUAGGUGAACGUGUGUCUUUUCUGAUUAUUGCUGUUAGUUUUGGUAGAAUGGUUCCUGCAUCCUUGGUUUGCCAGCAGCCUCUGAAGCUGUUGGCAAAGUCCAGGGGUUUAUUUAUGCUGGGUGUCAGCAGGCUGGGUGGCCCCAGAGCAGGGAGCCCGGGUGUACGUGUCCCAGCUCUUGCAGGGCUGCACCAGCCUCCUGCCAGGAGCGACGGAAGCAUAAAUCCUGCUCUCAGGGGCGUGUGUGCAUCCUUCAGGGUGAGCUGUCAAACAGAAAUACGGGCUCACCCCAAAGGGAGAGGGAUAUUGAAGGUGUGGGUGAGAUCUCCUUUCGGAGGAAAGCUGGCAUGACCUGCAGGGAGGAAGCCGGGGGCUGCCCGUGCUCUCCCUUGGUGAGGUCCCAGUGGUGCUGCACGCUCUGCAGCAAUCGUAGCCGAGGAAGCGUGUCCCUUCCCGCGCCAGAGGCUGGCUCUCGGGCACCGGUCUCAAACCAGUAUUACCGUGCUCUCCUCCUCUUGCUGUCCUGCUGUGGGAAACGCUUGAAAUGCAGCAGUUCAUUGAUGCUAUAUGAAAUGCACGUUUUCUUAGAAUAUUUUGGGCAGCCAGCCAGAUCGAGAACUGCUCUGUGCAGGACCUGGCCAAGUCAGGAGGGAAGAGCUUGAGAAGCAUGGAGGGGACAUGCUCCAAACCUUGGUGCUCUCCGAGUCCCAUCUGAAACCGUGCUGGCUGCUUGUGCCUUUGGAGUACUAUAUUGAAGCAGGUUUGGGGGUCAGAACAGACCUCGGGGGACAGUGAUGGCAAAGGGAUGGAUUUGCUCAUUUAGGAACCAGGCUGUGAGUGCGAGCUUGCCCACAUUUUAAGAUCUCCAUUGAAAGCCAUUCUUAAAAAUCCCCUCCUUGAGGUGGGAGAGAGAGCAGGGCUGCAAGCAAUCGUUCUCAGAGUCUGUAUUAAUCAAAAAUCCACUGUCUUGAGAAAGGGAGCCAUGUGUUUUGCUGUCCUAAAUGCCCUUUUCCUUAAGCAUAAGACCCCACAUUUUUAUAUUAGGUGUGAGGAAUUGUAGGGACUGGCAAUCAGUAAAUAAAUGUCCCUCCUUAAAGAGUCUUAAAUUUGAUGUACAUUUUUAGCUUAAGGCACACUUCCUGUUUCACCCAUGAAAGCUGGUUUGAAGCAAAAGCUGCUGCGUGAGGGGACCCUGGAAAAUGUGCACAAGUCUUUGUUUUUUAGGGCUGAGAAAAUGCUGGGUCGUGUUCCGAGUAGGACUGAAAUACUCUACGAGACGUCAGCGUACCAUGGGUGCAUGUGCACAUCCACAUCUACUGCAAUAAAUUUCCUAUAUUUGUAUCAUCUUUACUAUCCUUGUUUACACCCAGAUUCUGAUUUAUGAAAGGGGGCAGGUGACAGGGGCACACAGGAGGCCCUGGGGCUGUUUGAUGCCUGCAGGGCUCAGGGCAGCUGCCUGGGACGUCCGUUGUGCUUCUUGCCUGGCAAGCCUCUGCCCUCGCAGCACUGCGCUCAGGUUUGAUCCCAGCACAGUUUGAUCGUCGGCCUCACCUUGCAAGGGCCUUUUGCACGAUUAUCUUUCUCCGCUGUAUGUUACACCGGCACCUUUCUCAGCGCUGCAGACGCUUCCCAUUGCUGCCCGGCCAAGGGAAGAAGUGGGGGCGUCAGAUUUGAAUAAAUUCAGAAAAAUUCCGUUAACUGAUGCAAGCGAACAUCUAUAUUUCCUUCCUGUUUUCUUGAGUGCCUGCCAAGUUCUGCUGCAUACAAACCACUGCUUUCCCGGGGCGUAGCUCAGCACUGACCGCCUUCCCCUUGCAUGUCGCUUGGACUCAGCUCUCGCUGGACCAACCCCACCACUUCACUCAUCGGGCUCCAUCACUGCGUCACCGCGAUGCUGUCGGGAUAGAGGCACGGUUUAGUGGGAGUCAGUCUCGAAGCCAACGUGCGCUAGAAGCACUAGUGUGCCAUUUCAAAGGGUUUUGUAGCCAAACCUAUGAUGCUUGCAGACUUCAUUAGAUUUGUUGCAUGAGAAGGUAGAUGUGUUUGUCCUCUCCCACGUAUUGUAAUUGUUCUUUUACAAUUGAGUGCCUUAAUAAUAGUUUACAAAUACUGUGUAUUUAUGCUGAGCUGUUAAACUCUGCUGUUUGCUGUUCUUUUUUUUUUUUUUUUUUUUUUUUUUUUGGUGUUUCCGAUGGCAGUGAGACCGUUACUACUUCUACAUAUUGACCUCCCGGCCCCACUGAGCUCAGCACUGCUAACCACUUCCCUUCUGCUCUAUAUAUGGCAAAACCAAAAGGGCUGCGCUGAGACACUGCCGUGCCGGCUGCAGCUCCUGGCGCCCCCAUUUAUCUAUGCAUUGCUGCAGAAACGCGGACAGGGGGUGUCCAGGGAGAUGUCUCAUCAACAGCCGGCUGCGCUUUGCUCAGCAGAUUGCCGGGUGUGAAUCCAAACCCAGUCCCGUUCUGCCAGAAAACCCAAAAUGCACAAAACUGGCACCUUAUUUCCAGUCCAGGCUUUGUCGGUCUGUGCGAUAGCAAUAGCCGUCGUCCUGGUUGUCCUUUCCGUGAAGGUGGUGUUUGGUUUGGUCGUGUCCCGCCGUCCCCCUUGCUGGCAUCGCCAGCUCUUUGCUGGGGAGCCGGCUCCCAGACUGUGACCACAGACCCGGAGAGGAGGGGUGAGUGAGUAACGUGUAGCUGUUCCAGUGCAUUGCUGUACUCUUAUGAUAACAAUGUUCCUUUUAUUUCAUGGUAUUUCUUAAUUCUGGUUUUAUAUUUAAAUAUGCGGUAUCUUUUGUACUGUAC